GUCCGGUUUUGGUAUCGACGAGCAAUGCUGCGAGUGCUACGAUAGUGGGAAAAAAAUCCCUCCACCCCAGCCUCCAAUUUUGCCCAGGUUUCGGGCGAUGCGAGAGCGGUCAUGCCGGCGUCACUGCUCUGGGCGGUGGACAGCGGUGGCCGGGUGUCCACCCUGUCCACGGGCGGUGUGCGGUGGCAGGAGCUGCCGUACUCCGGGAUCGACCUCAAGAGGGUGUCGGCGCUGCGUUCGUGCGCUUGGGGGGUGGCCAGCGACCACCAGGUGUACGUGUUCGUUCCACAAGGGGACGUUCCCAUACGGGUGCCUGAGGUCACCUACGAGAAUCAGCGCUGGAACCCAAGGGAGGGCUUCUGCUCGCGUCUGCUUCCGACGGACCGCCCCAGCUGGAGCAGCCAGGACGGACUCGUAGCCCGGUCCAAGGAGUCCAUCCGACUCCCGUCGUCCGGAUGGCAGUGGGAGGGCUGCUGGUACAUCGAGGACAACCUGGACGGACAGCCGCUCGGAAGCGAGGGCUGGAGUUACUGCGUGGACUUUCCGUUCACGUACACCCUCGAGAAGAAGUGGAACUCCAUGGUCCGCCGUCGGAAGUGGAUCCGGCAUCGGCGGUACGUGGCCACGGACCGUUGGGCCAAGAUUGAAGGCGUCCAUUCGGAUCCCAUUGCGGAACCGUUUGUGGACAUUGCCGUUGGCGGGAACGAGGUCCCCGGUGGAGAUCCGGACCACGUCAUCGUUUGGGCCGUCACCGUGCAGGGACGUGUGAUGUUCCGAAAUCACGUGACGCGCCUGUGUCCGGAGGGCACCAGUUGGUCCCACAUCCCCGUCCCCGAGAGCUCGGAAGUGACCCAGGUGUCGGUGGGGCCGACGGGUCUGACCUGGGCUGUGGCCUGGAACGGCACCGCCCUCGUCCGGCUGGGGGUGUCCCGGGAGAACUACGCAGGGUCGGACUGGGCAGAGGUGGCCGCUCCGGAGAACGACGACAAGCUGCUCCAGGUGGCCGUCGGACACAACACUCUUUGGGCCGUCGGGAGAAGCGGGACGGUCUGGUUCCGUAAGGGCAUUCACGGAGACGACUUGGGCUGUCGUGCCUCCAUUACGGGCUCUGGCUGGGUGAAGAUGGUGGGUGAGAUGGCUAUGAUCAGCGUUGGCCCCAACGACCAGGUGUGGGGCAUCACGCGCGACGACCGUCGCCUGACCUUGCGCACGGGGGUGACCCUGCACGAGGCAUGCGGCCGGGAGUGGAAGGAGAUAGUCGCUCCUUUCGGAAACGCUCCGAGCCGCUCCAGCAGUCUGACCUCUCUGGCUUCCCUGGGUAGCCUGAGGCUGACCUCAUCGCCGGCCGCCCCGACGCAAUUGACGAUGGUCACGGCGACGUUGGUGGAGGCGAACGACGCCAAGGGAUUCACGUUUGAACGGAAGGCUGUCUCUCUGCAAGGGUCGCCUUCGAGCUCAUUGGGAGAGGUCGGCUCCCCCGCGAAGCGGGAUUGGGUGGAUUCUAUCGCAGAGCGGCCUCUGAUUCACUCGUCCUCUGGUGAUCUUGCGGACUGUUCCGGCGUGAUACUGUCUGGGGACUGGUCGGCGUCGAGGGAGCUCAUUGGCUCGGUGAUGUGGUCGUGGGUGAGCGGCACCGCUUGCACCAUCGACUACCCCAACUCACUGCCGGCGUGGUUCAGUCCAACUGGCAGUCGACACAACAGUGGUGGGCAGAAGGAGUCGGCCGCGUGGCGUCGGACCGUGCUCGCCCGGCUCAAGGACCGACGGAAAAAGGAAACGGAAGACUAUCCUAAUUACGACAGCGCCGUCGAAAAGACAACCUGGGUGAAGACUACGGUGACGCUUCUGUGGCGCGAUACGCCACCCUGCCAGUGGGUGCGCUGCAAACUGGAGCUGGAGAGGCACAGCUCGGAGUCCGAAGACUGCGACGGGUCGGCUAUCUUGCGACUCCUCUACAGCCACGGCGGAUCGGACAAAAAGAUGGUGAUCAACAUGGCAGACGUGGUGUCCGUCUCUGACGUGUCCGACCGGGAGCGCCGCAUGGGGGGCAUCUACACAGAAACGAUGAACAGCAAGGGCACCUUCGUCAAGGUCGCCUUCGGCUCGGACCGCGAAUUCGAAGACUGGUUGGCAGCGCUGAACGUCGCGACCUGCGAGACGAGGGGCGUGACCGGCGCUGCGCGUCCUGCCUCCGCGUGGGGCAUCUCUCUGCGAGGGGACGUUUUUGUGCACGACUCCGACGCCGCCGACGAGAGCACGCGACCGUCGGAUCUGUUCUGGCGCCACCUGGGGGGUGGCCACUUUCGGGUGGUGGAGUCGUGCCCACUCGGCGUCACCUGGGCCCUGGGCCACGACAACACAGCGUGGGCCUACACGGGCGGCUACGGCGGAGGCGUCUUCAGAGGGAUGACCGGCCACAACGAGAAGGUGGGUCCAAUGACGGACGUCAAGUCGGUGCUCAUCUACGAGAACCAGCGCUGGAAUCCCUUCUCCGGCUUUGCGGCGCGGGGGCUGCUGACCGACCGGUACAUGUGGAGCGACCGGUCUGGCCUGGUGGAAUGCACCAAGGAGGGAACCCGGCUGGACUCCGCCCACUGGCACUGGGUGUCUGAUUGGGCCGUGGACUACCGCGCCCCGGGCGGGGUGGACGGGGAUGGCUGGCAGUAUGCGCGAGACUUCCCGUUCACCUACCACGCCCACAAGGGGAUGACGGACUAUGUACGCCGGAGGCGCUGGUUCAGGUUGUGCAAGCUUCACACCACCGGUCCCUGGGUGGAAGUGGAGCCGAUGGCCCUGCGAGACGUAUCACUCCAGACAGACUGCCGCAGCGGACCAAUAGCACUCUGGGCGGUGUCCUACAAUGGAGAGGCUGUCUACAGGAAGGGGGUCUCUCAGGAUUGCCCCAAGGGAACGUCGUGGGUGCACGUGGCAGCCGAGCAGCAGUUUGAGUCCAUCAGCCUGGGUGCUGGACUUCGUCUCUGGGCAGUGGGCAGGGAUGGCUCCGCCUACUUUCGCAACGGAAUCACGCUCAACAAUCCAACAGGUUCGGCUUGGUUCCACGUGGAGCCACCACCAGGGGGAUCGCCUUUGGUUCAAGUCUCGGUGGGCCAAACGGCGGUGUGCGCCGUCGACGCGUCGGGAAAGCUUUGGCGCCGCCUGGAGGUGAUGGAGUUUUUUCCCGAAGGAACGGAGUGGGCCCUGGUGUCUGCAAACGUGCGGUCUGUCUCCGUUGGGCCGUCCGAUCAGAUUUGGGCAGUUGUGGACAUAGUGCUCAACAGGAGGAAUAUCCUUCACCGCGUCCUUGCUAGGAGGGAGGGAGUCACUAUGGACAACCCCAUUGGAACUCACUGGGAAAGUGGUUUCGGGAUGAGCUGGCAGUAUGUGUCGGUACGUGGCAGCUGUCCCUCCGAGUCCCUAGUCACGUGAUCCAAGGACUUCUCGAAAUCCUAACCCUCCGAACAAAUUUCAAAAUGGUUCACACUAUUAGUGCCAAUGCACGAAGAAGGAGUCCUCAAAACUAGACUAGAAGAUAGGACAGGAAAGCAUGCUUUCGUUCUUGGUAAGACACAUGGGCUUACGUGAAACAAGUGUGCUUCGGGAGUGCUCAGUUGGACGUGCUUUGUUUGCACAGUGCAUAAAUUUAAGCAUGAGUGCUCACACCACUGCACUUGAGUACUUUCCAUGUUUCACAUAAUUGACCAUGCCAGGCCUUCUUGGAUGACGAAACAUAAUGUGAUCUAAGUCAUUUUGUGUAGGAUGCCAUGCUUGUUCGAAGUGUUCCCGGUGAAUUUUGUGAGAUAGCAGGUAUUAGCUGGUUGAUUGCGUUUCCAGUCAUUUUGGAAGGGCCGUAUUGAAAGGUUUGAAAUGAAGUCUUUGGGGUGACAGUCGUUUCAUGUGACACCUUAAGAAGCGCGGUCGGAGUAAUUUACGUCCUUGUACAUGAGAUUUUUUGAGGUGAUUAUAACAUGAAGGUGUAUCAUAUUUUAGUCUUAUUUGUGAGUAGUACUAUGUCGUUGUAUGUUUGAACAUUCGUUCUUGUUAUCACCCAGCCAAUGCGAGAUCUCGGCACUUGCCCGAGUGGCUUCCUUGUUCGAGUUUAUAUUUCUCGACAGUGUGGCUCUGUCAUGGCUGAGGUAUAUUGUCAACAGUACGACUUACAAUAUCUCAAGGUGCUCACCUUAUGGUAUGAAGUAUUCCAAGAACCUAAAUUUUCGACAUCCGGCCAAAUCUCUCGACACUGUGUGUGCCAUGGCCACCAACACUGGUGUGUUCUCUUGCUACUACCUAGUCAUGUUGCCACAUACAUCAGGCAACCAUGCCUUCUGGGUCUGUUCUGUGACUGCGUUUACGAUUAGCAGUGGUUGUUGAGUGCACCUUUACGACUGUACCCGUCGUGUACUAUUUGUGUUGAUAACUCCAAAGGAAGGUUUAUUUUUCAGGGUCAUUUUUCGUUUUCUUUAGAGAUAUGAUUGUCAAAGGUUGUGAUUGAGGGUUCAUUGAAAGAAGGUUGCCAACAUUGUUGGAAGAGUGGGCCAUGGUCGUACACUAAAGGUUGUUAAAAUAUAGGGCUACAAAGUGGAGGCACUGCCAAGUAGUCACAAAUAGUUUGAGAACCGGAGGGUUUGCCUCUUGCUUGAUGAGACUGCAGACUCAAUCGUAAUCCCGGGAACGUGAAAAGCCAGGUUCAGAAUUACUCUCGCUAUUCAUGUCACAAAAGUGGGUGGUUAAGUACCAUGCCAAACAACCCUGGCGGAACACCCAUUGAUGCAACUGAAAUUCAAAAUAGUAAUACAAGGCAUCGAGACAGUUCCGACUUUGCCACGCAACAGUGAUAUGGGAUUAUGGUCAAUGUUGAAAUUUCAUCCACAAUCUUUGAUGUAUCGUGAUUGACCUGGACAUUCCUUUAUUGCAUGUUUAGCAACCUACCAUCAUACUGCGUUUUUGCUCGUUGGGUGCAGUGACGUUUACUCACCGAGUUGUAGCAGUGUAUUAUAUAAGUGACAGCAAGCCAUUGUUGCAGACCAGUUAUAGUUUAGAACGAUGCAGAAUACCAAAGUCUUUUUAACAAAUUUAGUAUUUGUUUUGCAAGUGUUUACCAUCAAAGAGAAAGCAUGCAGGCAAGAUGUUGAGAAAACAUUGAUUUUUAUCUACACUUUGAGACGAGUAGUGUUGUUGUCUGUUUUCCCUUGUCUCAGGGUUCAGAUUAUUGUUUGCUGUAGGCUUACUGAAAUGACAAGAGGACUUAACUAAAACUUAACUUUGCUCUUCACUGAGGAUAUUGUUCCCAUCGUUUUAUUAGUUUUCAUGUUGAGUGUGGUGAUUUUCAACUAUGGCACUACUACAUAUCUUAUCUAAAAUGGUGACUUCGAUCUCCGAUGAAAGUGUACCGGUUCUUUAUUCUGGUUUUCCUUCUCCACAUAUUUGUUUGUUGUCAUUCCAGAGGAACAUAGUUUAGUUUAAUGGGAUGCUUCAUCGAACAUCGGCCAAACGCUUUAAGCAAAAACCAUGCAUCACACACAAAAAAAAGUCGGUGUGUGGGUAUGUUUAUACAGCCUGAACUUAGUCUGUCUCAAUGGACGGCUUGUCUCUCAGCUGUAGAUGAGCAAUUUAGCCAGUGCAGUACAACUGCUAGCUUGGGGUCUUUAACGUGCACCACCCAGUAAUGAUACGCAACCGCACACCGCUACGGUGCUCAUCCAGAUCGAAACAGCUAGGGGUGGGAAUUGAACCCAGAAUCCCUGGGUUCAAUCCCCACCCCACUGGUACCGUAAUAGUCACCUUUAAGGAGCCCAUUUAUUGAGCUACAUAGCCUCUAGGAUGACCAAAUUCUUAAUUUGUUUUGUGUAAUUAACUUUCUAAUUAUUAAAAAUAAGCAUAUACUUUCAACUAGAAACUUUCUCGACAUCAUGGAAAACCCCCAAUACAUUCAAUUUGGGAAAGAUUUGGAGCGUGUGCUUUCUUUUCUUGGAUUCCGAAAACACAUAACUUGGAUUAGCCAGCACAGUUUUUUUGUUGUUUCUUAUAAACCACAUUUCCGCUCCACAAUCCUUGCGCCUGCUGCAUAAGCGACAAUCGGCACCAUGUUUCUCAUGCACUGCAAGUCUUUAGUGGUUUUUGAUGACGCUCAGGAAGUUUCCAUCUGCAACUUUAUGUUUACUUUUAAUAAUCAAAAAGAUAAAUAUGCGAACAUAAUUAUUAGAAACGAAAUGGACCAGCGAAGCGCAUGGCCCCGCGUGUCCGUGGCGCCAUCUGCCGAGAAAAGCGGUUUGUCUGGUGUUGCGAGUUGCACAUGUGCACAGCUGAGCCAAGCACUUGGCGGCUGUUCGAGCUCGGUGCACAACCCCCGAUAGCUGAUCAACGAUGGCCAUGAGCUUGCAGCAUGACAGCGUUUUUAUUUGUCUUCUUUGCAGUAGCAUAAACAGAUUUAUCCGUUUCCAAAGGUUAAAGUUGUAAACAAAGUGACCACCACUUGCAGUUAUCUCACUGUUCGUACUAAACAAAUGUGUGGUGUCAUGGCAGAUGUCGCAGUAGGUACACGAGACCACACGCUCCGCUGGUCCGUUUCGUUUCGUUGAGCACUGUACAUCUCUAGAGUGUCCCCUCGGCAGUGACUAAUAUCGUUAUUCCGCACCACGCAUAUUUUUCUUAGAAACAUUUUGGCCGAUGUUCGAAGGAAUAUCCAGUAUUUCAUUGCCCAUUGUCUUUUUAUUUCAGUUAGUAGGUCUGUUUUCACAUAAAAAAUCUUAAUCAUACAUGUGUAAAUUCGCAGUUUGUAGCGCAUUAGUUUUAGUAUUUAUUUCAGACAGCGUGUCAGCAAGUUGUGCCAGCAAGUAGUAUGAAAAUAUCUGACAGCACACACGGUUUUGUAAGCACUCCAGAACUACGCAAUGGCCCAUACAGCACCAUCUGUUCUGUUUGUAAAUACAUUGUGGCCGAUAUUUCUUUUUCAACACGAUUGUUACUCGGUUCCAAUAAACAAGAGGGAACAAACCAUGA